ACGUGAGUGGUGGAGCCGGAUCUGAUGUCAUCUUCUCUGUGUACACCAGCUGAUCGAAGAUCAACUCCGUCACUAUUGUCAUUUUCCAGUGUUAUGAAUAUCUGGGACCACGGCAGCAGUCCUGGUCAGUUCGGAACCAGAACCCGCUGCUGGCUCCGCGGGAAACUGCAGCGCGUGCAGCUGACACGUCAGCUUUUUCUAGGUCUGUUUGUUUUGGUUGAUACAUCACCAAGGCCUACCUGCGAUGCUAAGCUAAUCAGCUAGCUGUCAUAGCCAGUAGGAUUGAUGCUUUUGAGACUGCUGGUCAGGGAACAUCUUCCCAGACACACUCGAGCAAACGAUGAAGCUUGUGGACCCAGUUACUCUCAGUUACAAGAAGUUGAAGACCAUCCUGGAGUGUCGUGGGCUGGGAUACUCUGGACUGGCUGAGAAGAAGGAUGUCAGCGAGCUGGUAGAGAAAUCAGGAGAGUUGACACAGGGGGAGCUGUACUCAGCCAUCAAGAAAGAGAAGGAGCAGACAGAGGCAGGAGAUGCCGGCACCACACACUUCAGUGCAGAGAUGCACUUCUAUGAAUUAGUGGAAGACACUAAAGAUGGGAUCUGGUUGGUUCAGGUCAUUGCCCAGAACCGGGAAGCUCUGCUCAGUCAGUCCAACUGGGGGAAAAUGGUGCAGAAAGUGUCUCAGUUUGGAAUCAGGACUGGAACCUUUAACUGCUCUAAUGACUACAGGUCAUGUAUCAAGCGUGGCUGGCAGCGCUCCACUCUCAUCAUGUCUGUUCCUCAGACUUCAGCAUCAAAGGGCAAAGUCAUGCUCAAAGAAUACAACGGCCAUCGCAUUGAAACCGAACACAUCUUCCGCUGGAUGACUUCACAUGUGGCUCAUCGCAUCAAAACUCUGCGUCAGUCUGAGCAACUGGUGGAGGAGUGGCACUCUGAACUGUCCCACCCAGUGAAGAUGUUUCUGUUCGCCCACCUGUCCCAGCCACCCGCCUUCUUCUCCUCGCUGUCUGUCAAGUUCACCGGCAGGAUUGAGUUCAUCUUUGUGGACAUACGACACUGGGACAACCACAGCAGCCUAUCAGAAAUCGGUGUGACACAGAGCCCCGCCUACAUCCUCAAGAUGCCUGAAGGCAUUUAUCACUAUGGCAACAGUACAGGGGAGUUCCUGUCAUUGGCUGCCAUGGAUACUUUCCUGCGGUCGGUCCAGCCGGAGGUCAAUGAUCUAUUUGUCCUCAGUCUGGUCCUGAUCAACUUACUGGCCUGGAUGGACCUCUUCAUUACACAGGGAGCAACAGUGAAACGAUUUGUAGUUCUGAUCCGAACACUUGGAACCUACAACUCCAUACUGUUGGUGUCCUGGCUUCCUAUUCUGGCUCUCCUCCAGCUGCCCUAUCUGGACAGUCUGUACGGUUACAGUCUGAAGCUGCUUCGUUAUGCUGACACCACCACAUUGGCCAGCAUGGUGAGGGCUGACUGGACCUUCUACUCUUCCCACCCAGCUCUCUUCCUGUCCACCUACCUGGCCCAUGGCCUGCUGGUCGACUAUUUUGAGAAGAAACGCCGUUGUGGCGUCAGAAGCCAAGAAGACAGCACCACCAACCUGGAGUGGCUGGCCAGUCUGUGGGACUGGUACACUUCCUAUCUGCUCCAUCCAAUUGCAUCAUUGCAGCAGGUCCCAUCUGACCAGUCAGACUGGGAGGAUGAUCCCAACUUCUUCUUUGAGCGCUUGGCUUUUCCUGAUCUCUGGCUCCGCCCAUUAGUAAACAUGGACUACAUUAAAGCGUUGCCCACCUGGAGAUUCAGAGCUGUUGGUCAGCACAGAGAGGAGGGAUCCAGUGGGGAGCUAGAAGAGAGAGAUAGUUCACACUCAGACAUAGAGAGCACAGCGCAGAGUGAUUGCCCCCCUGUGAGUCUCAGCAAACCUCCACAUAGCAGCAGAAGGCACAAGCAAUCAUCAUGCAAUCAGGACAGCAACACACUCUCUGUCUGCAACAUGGACCCCAGCAGCAGCUGUCACUGUGCAUCACCCCUCUGCUGUCGUCAUGGGAACGUAGGCUCACCAUCAGCUGACAGGGCACCAGAAGGUGUCUCUAAUCAUCAGCACUGUGAUUGGUCAGUAUGGCCCUGUGACAUGCUGCAGUGCUCUGAGUGUGUGGUGUGUCUGGAGAGCUUUGUGAGUGAGGAGCUGCUGAUGGGUCUGCCCUGUGGUCACGCCUUCCACCAGCAGUGCAUUGUGGUGUGGUUGGCAGCAGGAAGACACUGCUGCCCAGUGUGUCGCUGGCCCAGCUACAAGAAGAAACAGCAGCGAGCUGCACAGAGCAGCCCUACUGAAAAUACACUACUGGACUGAUGAACAGGUUUAACCGAGCCCUCCUCUCACUGUUCACAGGGCUCAUUGUGUUAUCAUCACAGCUUGCAUGGGGUGAAGUUGGGACUGGGGAGGAAUUAAGAAGAAAACGAUGUGAUCACGGCUGCUGUUGUCAUGCCCCAUCAAUCAGCUUGUUUCCAUUCCUGUUGAAGGCAAUGUGCUGGUCACCAUGGCAGACAGAUGACACUAUGAAAGCCCAGUCACCAUGGUUUCUCAGUGCAGAGGAUAGUGAUUUACACAGUAACUGUAGGUGUAGUCACAGUAAACUUUGUAGUGCAAUAAAAAUAUAUUUCUA